CAUAAGCCCCCAGGCAGCGCCCCCACUGGCGAGGACAGGUAGCCCAAGGGGCAAGAGCGGAGUGGCAAGGCUCAACAGGACGCUUUGCCAAGACGGACGCUGGGAGAGAGACCGGCACAGAGAAGGAAGCCGCGGCUGCUCAGCUCUAGGAAACAGAGAGCAGGUGCGGGGCAGCCAGCCCUGGCUAUGGAGCUUGUGGGCCCCAUGGCCGAGAAGACUGCGGAGGGGGAAGGGCGGCAGGUGGGCACCGCCCCCCGGGACGACUCGCAGGGCCUCCAGGACAGUUUGUUCUCCUCUGAAACUGACAACAGCCUGUACUUCACCUACAGUGGCCAAUCCAACACCCUGGAGGUCAGAGACCUCAGCUACCAGGUGGACAUGUCCUCCCAGGUGCCUUGGUUUGAGCAGCUGGCCCAGUUCAGAAUUCCCUGGCUAUCUCACAACAGCCAAGACUCUCGUGAGCUGGGCAUCCAGAACUUGAACUUCAGAGUGACAAGUGGGCAGAUGCUGGCCAUCAUUGGGAGCUCAGGCUGUGGGAGAGCCUCUUUGCUGGAUGUCAUCACCAGCCGCGACCAUGGAGGCAAGAUCAAGUCGGGGCAAAUCUGGAUCAACGGGCAGCCGAGCACGCCUCAGCUGGUGAGGAAGUGCGUGGCCCACGUGCGCCCACACGACCAGCUGCUCCCCAACCUGACCGUGCGAGAGACCCUAGCCUUCGUUGCCCAAAUGCGUCUGCCCAGAACCUUCUCCCAGGCCCAGCGGAACAAAAGGGUGGAGGACGUGAUCGCCGAGCUGCGGCUGCGGCAGUGUGCCGACACACGCGUGGGCAAUAUGUACGUGCGCGGGGUGUCAGGAGGUGAGCGCAGGAGGGUGAGCAUCGGGGUGCAGCUCCUGUGGAACCCAGGCAUCCUCAUUCUGGACGAGCCCACCUCCGGGCUGGACAGCUUCACGGCGCACAACCUGGUGAAGACCUUGUCCCGGCUGGCCAAGGGCAACCGGCUGGUGCUCAUCUCUCUCCACCAGCCCCGGUCGGACAUCUUCAGGCUGUUUGACCUGGUGCUGCUCAUGUCAUCAGGCACCACCAUCUACCUGGGGGCGGCCCAGCACAUGGUCCAGUACUUCACAUCCAUCGGCCACCCCUGUCCCCGCUACAGAAACCCUGCGGACUUCUAUGUGGACCUGACCAGCAUCGACAGACGCAGCAAAGAGCAGGAGAUGGCCACCAGGGAGAAGGUCCGGUCCCUUGCGGCCGUGUUUCGGGAGAAAGUGCGGGACUGUGAUGACUUUCUGUGGAAAGCAGAGGCCAGGGACCUGGAUGUGGGCACCUGUGUGGAGAGCCCGACCCUCGCACAGGACGGCGACACCCUCCAGAGCCCCAGCGAGCUGCCCGGGGCACUGCAGCAGUUCACCGCGCUGAUCCGCCGUCAGAUUUCCAAUGACUUCCGAGACCUGCCCACCCUCCUCAUCCACGGGGCAGAGGCCUGCCUGAUGUCCCUCGUCAUCGGGUUCCUCUACUACGGCCACGGAGACAUCCAGCUCCCCUUGAUGGACACCACAGCCCUCUUGUUCAUGAUCGGAGCUCUCAUUCCUUUCAACGUGAUUCUGGAUGUCACCUCCAAAUGCCACUCGGAGAGAGCCAUGCUCUACUAUGAACUGGAGGACGGGCUGUACACGGCGGCUCCCUAUUUCUUUGCCAAGAUCCUCGGGGAGCUGCCGGAGCACUGCGCCUACAUCAUCAUCUACGGGAUGCCCACCUACUGGCUGGCCAACCUGCGGCCGGGCCCGCUGCCCUUCCUGCUGCACUUCCUGCUGGUGUGGCUGGUGGUCUUCUGCUGCAGAGCCAUGGCCAUGGCCGCCGCCGCCCUGCUGCCCACCUUCCACAUGUCCUCCUUCUUCUGUAACGCCCUCUACAACUCCUUCUACCUCACUGGUGGCUUCAUGAUAAGCCUGGACAACCUGUGGGCAGUGCCGGCGUGGAUUUCCAAGGUGUCUUUCCUGCGGUGGUGUUUCGAGGGGCUGAUGCAGAUCCAGUUUAACGGGCGCCAGUACAACACGCAGGUCGGCAACCUGACCUUGUCCGUCCCAGGAGAUGUAAUCGUCAGCUCCAUGGACCUGAACUCGCACCCGCUGUACGCCAUCUACCUCAUCCUCAUCGGCAUCAGCGGUGGCUUUCUGCUCCUCUACUAUGUGUCCUUACGGUUCAUCAAGCAGAAAUCCAGGCUGGACUGGUGAUUCGCGGCAGGACCCCUGGCCGGCGGCAGACCCCGCCACCGCACUCCCUUCCCCCGGGAGCACACGGCCCGGGAUGCUCUUCUCCAUCCGGCCCCGGGGGUGCAGUGGUACAGGUCGGCCACAGGAUGGCAGUAGAAUAAAGACAGUUGAGAGGGCUAUCUGCUCAUGG